UAGUCAGGGCAGCGGAGGGUGUUUUUGGAAGGAAGGCAGAAGCGCUAGAGCUCCGGAAAGAAUAAUACAAUCUGUAUACAAGGGAGGGGGGGGGUAAAAAAAUAUGUCGGCGUUUUGGGGGCAGAGGAGGAUUGUGGAAAAGCAAAGGGCGAGAGCUAGAAACGAGGCCCGACAGUCGUAACGUUAGCGCGGAGGGGAGGGGAAGGAAAGGGCAGCUGUCCCUGCUUGAUUGAUUGACUUGUGUGGGAAGGGUUUGACGAUCAACGAGGCUAGCCUGAUGUGCAGCCAAUGCUUCUUAAUAUCAUUGCAGUCGAAUUAGUGUGUAUUGCUUUCAAGAAAUGCAUUUUCAUUUGAAAUGUUAAAUGAGCAAUGCUAACGCUCUUUGAGACAACAUCUUUCGUAUCCAUCCGCAGAGGGGUCUUUUUUUUGUACCUGCCUAGCUAGGUUAGCUUGUUUUCUUGGCAGUGAUCCCCCUUGCUAAAUAUGGCGCGUCACAUUUGGCCUCACCGUACAGUAUACGAAACACGAAUAAGUUAACAGUACCUGACUAACGUCAGCUGUGUCUCGGACAUACGGUCCUCUUUUAGGUAACCUUUAUUGUGCUCGUGAGCUAACGCCAAUGUGGCGUUAACGGUACAUGCUGGCCAACAAAUACUGUGGAAAACAAGGCUUAUUCCCGCCGAGCUGCUUAGUCUGCGAAUAACACGAACGUUAUAGUACAUUGGGGUUAAGGUGUUAACCCAAAGGCUUUAUUACACUUGUAUCUCUCCUUGCCGCCACAAAGGGUGGGUAGCUAACACAGGGCUAACAGCUAAGCCCGUCGUGGUGUGUGUGUGUUUAACAGCAGUUGCAGGGUGGCCUUAUAACUGCCAACUAUUAUUAUAACAGUGCACCUAGGGUAUAUAGCUCAACCCUCGCUGUUUUCUGAUAUUGGUGUAAACAGAAAUGCUUAUUAAUGUUGAAGCGAUAUAUUGAAAUAAAUCAGUAACGUUAUCCACUCAUAUUUAACCUCCCCUCCUUAGCGUAUUUUCUGUGUGCCCCCAUAUUCUCUUGUUAUGGCCCAACGCGUGUGCAAACAUCAAAACCACAUAGUUUAUGGUUGGCCACCUGUCCCUCUCUAUAAUGCCCAGGUGUUUGCAGCAUCUGCAGUGAAGUGAUGGCAGCCCAGUCGAUUUCCAUAGACAAGUACCCAAAGGGAGAGCAGCAGAUGCAAGCUGUAGUAAAGGUAGACGGAGAUUCCGAGCAGAAGUAUCUUGAGGGGACGUUGGCAGAGGUGCCCAGCCCAGCCCCCACAGAGCCACAGACACCCAUGGACGUGGACAAAGCCUCCAUAUAUCGGCACCCCCUGUUCCCUCUCUUGGCCCUGCUGUUUGAGAAGUGUGAACAGUCCACGCUCAGCUCUGAUUGCAUCACCUCGGCCAGCUUCGACGUGGACAUUGAGAACUUUGUCCGCAAUCAGGAGAAAGAGGGCAAGCCCUUCUUCAGCGAGGACCCUGAACUCGACAACUUGGUGAGAACCCUCUCUCUGUGUCUCAUCCUCUGA